CGCAGCCAUCUGGUUGCCGGCAAGCGUAGGUAUAAGGACCCCUCGUCUCAUUGCUGACGGUGGAAUAGGCUCCGCUCCUCAACGCCCGCGACUCCCUGCCUUCCUCAGGACCCCUCCGAUCAGUGCCUCAGAAAUCCUCUAAAAUCUGCCUCCAAAAUGUGUGGCAUCUUUGCCUGUCACAACCACCCAGACGUGGUCAAAUUCAAGCCGACGGCUCUAAAGCUCUCAAAGGCGAUCCGGCAUCGGGGGCCUGAUUGGAGCGGCAGCGUCACUUGUCACAACACGAUUCUGUGCCAUGAACGGCUCAGCAUCGUCGGCGUUGAGAGCGGAGCUCAGCCACUCACCAAUGCCGAUGAGAGCAUUAUCCUCGCCGUCAAUGGCGAGAUCUACAACCACCGUCUGAUCCGGAAGAACUUGAAAGAGCCCUACCACUUCAAGACGACGUCCGACUGCGAAGUCGUGAUUCCUCUGUACAUGGAACACGGCAUUGACGUGCCCAAGUAUCUCGAUGGCAUGUUCUCCUUCGUGCUGUACGACAAGAAGCUUGACCGCACGAUCGCCGCCCGCGACCCGAUCGGCAUCACGACCCUCUACCAGGGCUGGUCGUCCGAGCAGCCCGGCACGGUCUACUUCGCCUCGGAGCUCAAGUCUCUGCACCCCGUCUGCGACAAGAUCGAGUCCUUCCCGCCCGGACACGUCUACGACAGUGCGACCGGCGAGCGGACCCGGUAUUUCCAGCCGACCUGGUGGGACGGCCAGAAGAUCCCGCAGAAGCCCGCGGACCUGAAGCUGCUGCGGGAGACGCUCGAGAAGGCGGUGAGGAAACGGCUCAUGGCCGAGGUUCCCUAUGGCGUCCUGCUCAGCGGCGGCCUAGACUCCAGCCUGGUCGCCUCCAUCGCGCAGCGGGAGACCCUGAGGAUCAAGAAGCUGGCCGAGGCGGCCAACGGCAGCGCCGAGGAGACGGUCGACCCUGACAAAGGCGAGGGGCUCGUCGGCAUCGACGACGAGAACAACCUCUCGACCAUGACCUUCCUCCCCCAGCUCAACUCCUUCUCGAUCGGCCUGCCGGGCUCGCCCGACAACAAGGCCGCGCUGGAGGUGGCCAAGUUCUUGGGCACCAAGCACCACGUCAUGACCUUCACCAUCGAGGACGGCCUCAACGCGCUGUCGGACGUCAUCUACCACCUCGAGACAUACGACGUGACGACGAUCCGCGCCUCGACGCCCAUGUACCUGCUCUCGCGUAAGAUCAAGGCCAUGGGCAUCAAGAUGGUUCUCAGCGGCGAGGGCAGCGACGAGAUCUUCGGCGGCUACCUGUACUUCCACGGCGCGCCCGACAAGGCGGCCUUCCACGAGGAGUGCGUGCGCCGGGUGAAGAACCUGCAUCUGGCCGACUGCCUGCGCGCCAACAAGUCGACCUCGGCCUGGGGCCUGGAGGCCCGUGUGCCGUUCUUGGACAAGGAGUUCCUCGAGGUCGCCAUGAACAUCGACCCCCAGGAGAAGAUGAUCACGAACGAGCGCAUCGAGAAGUACAUCCUCCGGAAGGCGUUCGACACGUCGGACGAGCCCGGCGCGCAGCCGUACCUGCCGGACCAGAUCCUCUGGCGGCAGAAGGAGCAGUUCUCGGACGGCGUCGGCUACGGCUGGAUCGACGCGCUCAAGGACCAGGCCGAGAAGCACGUCACGGACGAGAUGAUGAAGAACCCCAAGCCCGAGUGGGGCAGCGACAUCCCGGACACCAAGGAGGCGUACUGGUACCGCCUGAUGUUCGACGAGCACUUCCCGCCGUCGUGCGCCUCGACCGUCAUGAGGUGGACGCCCAAGUGGUCGAAGCAGACCGACCCCAGCGGCAGAGCGAUUCCGAUCCACAAGGCCAAGUACGCCGAUGCUUAAGGCUGAGAGCAACGGCGUUUGAUGAUUUGUACAUAGCAUGGUCUAUCGUGGGUGGGCGCUUUGUCCGGGCUGGGCGCGAUAGGGCUGUAUUACCUUCGAUAUCUGAAUUCAAAAGUGCCGGUCUCUCGGACGGCUCGUGGCUGAAUGGGAAAGACAGUUUGUUGUUUCGUCUUGGUGAAACGCACGUAAUGGGAACUGCAGGAUGGCAGCGCGAUAGCAAAGGGCAUUUCGAGCUGGGCAUUGAGUCCAGGUACGGAUCAAUUCUGCAUCAAAGGGACCUUACCUUUGGGGUUGUGGUGUUACUUCCUAGCUGUUUGAGCAUGAAUGCAUGACAACCUGGAGGGGCCCAAAUUGGCCAGUGGAGCUCAGGCUGGAGGGCGUGAAAGGGGAUCCAAGGCAUAUUUGAACUUCAACUAAGAUCCACUAGCAUACUAAAGUCACUUUCAUAUCCCAGUGAUAAGUUGGCAUGAUCUAACUAGGUCGUUCCUGAACUCAAUGAUUUCUGGU